AUGUUAGGCAACCCCGGACAGGAACCAAAACUGUCCCUCCUUUCCCAGCCAAUCGAAUCCGAUUUGGCCAACGGGAGGUCGCUCCGAACUCCUUCACCCAGCUUUUGCCAAGGCAUCUCUUCUUCGUCCUCUUACAGUAAUACUACUUCUGCAUACCCUCAUUCCUGGCAAUCAUCCUCCACACUAUCCAGAUUCAGAUCCUGGUAUUUAAUUCAGGAGCUCAACAUGGGCCCGACAUGCCAAAAUUCUCCAUCGAUGGCUGGUCUAUUUUGCCACUCUUCUCCACUGCCAGAGUACAGACCAUGCGCAAGAACACGAAGACCAGCAUCUACAUUCUUCCGCAUGGACUACCUUCAGUCGAGUCCAUGGCCCUCCAGCUCCUUCUUAGUCCACUCCCACAAUCUCCUCGCCAUCACCUCAUUAUUCGCCAAUCCUUCCUCCGCUCUCUUCCCAGUAGGCUCAUAA